AAACAAAGAAAACGUCACUCGACGACAGUGUCGUCUUACAGACGGAGUAGCCAAGGUCACAUAGAUUGUUUUUUUGGGGUUUUUUUGCAGAGAGAGAGCGAGAGAAGAGGUCCGUAGGGCCACCCGUCUGUGUGCGUUAAUGGCGGAUGGGGAAGCCGUUGAUUCGGAGCCAGCUGUGAUGGAGCUCUAAAGCCGAAAAAAGGACGCAAUUUCUUGGCUACGUUUGCAUGUUGUCACAUCUCUUCUGAAUAUGGAUCCAGAGAAGACGUUGACGUUCUGUCUUGGGCUCAAGGCUGAGGAGAUGACAAUGUCCCUGAAGGGCUUGGAUGGUACCGAGGCUUCCACGGUAGCUGUUCCCCAAAAGGAAGCUGACCUACCCACGGUUUACAAGGUGGUGAAGCACCAUGGGAGCUCUGGUAGCCAGCCUGUGGUCAACCCCAAGUACUGUCCUGGUGUAAACAGCAAUGCAGGUUAUCUCUGUGUAACCGGACACUGCUGCGGAGAGACGGGCUGCUGUACCUACUAUUAUGAACUCUGGUGGUUCUGGCUGCUGUGGACCGUGUUGAUCCUUUUCAGCUGUUUCUGUGCUUACCGCCAUCGCCGGGCCAAGCUGAGGAUCCAGCAGCAGCAGAGACAGAGAGAAAUCAAUCUUAUUGCGUAUAACGGAGCCUGCAACUACCCGUCCUCCAUGCUGGAUCUCAGCUUCCUGGCCUCCUUCAAGUUGCCGUCCUAUGAGGAGGUGGCGGCACAGCCCACCACGCCUCCACCACCUUACAGCUCGGUCUUCGCCCUGCAGGGAGGCGCCAUGCUGGGUCCGAGCUCCUCGUACCCGCAUCAUCACCACCCCUACCCGCUCCAAAGUCACCCCUGCCCCCCGUACCUGGGCCCCGGCCCCAGCAGCUUCACCUCCUCCCAGAGCUCCGACAACUACACCAGCUGCUCCUGCGAGUCCUGCUCCUGCAGCACCUCCUUCUCUGUGCAGGUGACGGACGAGACGUAUGACAGCAGCCGCAUGUCCACGCCGAGCGACGCAGGCGGGGACGGCGCCCUCCCGCCCAGGGUGGGGGCCACCCGCGUGUCGCCGCCUCCGUCGCAGGCUCCCCCGGAUGUUAUACCAGCAGUCACCCCAGAUGUCAUUCCCAGUCAUGCUUCCAACGGCAAUGAGGGGCUGUCACGCCCAGCUGCGCCCGUCUCACUUCCUCUACGCCCCCUAAAUAACAACUUUCACCCACGCCACCCACUUUCACCCCUAAUUCUGCUUUCUUCCCUUCCCGCCGGUCAAGUCCAAAAUGGCGUCUUUUCAGACCCCCUCGGCGCCACGCUCACGGCGAAAGAAAAAGAGCCAGAAGGCCCGGCCCCCUCCUCCGCCCUUCCCCCGGAUCUGUCGUCCACGGCGUGCCCCGUGGAGCAAAACCUCGCGGAUGAGGACGAAGAGGACGAGGAGGAGGAUCACUUCAGCCACCGGCGCCUCACAGGGGAUUCCGGCAUUGAGGUGUGCCGCUGCCACGUGAAGCGGGGAGACCGAGAGGAGGAGGCGAUUAAGGAGAGGCGAGAGAGCAUGGACAGCUCCCUUCGAGCCAAGGGGGCGGGUCUUUCGCCCGCGCUUGACAACUGCGCCCAGCUGCACGACUGCGCCCCCUCCCCUAUGGCGUCCUCGUAGUCGCACGGGCCAAGAAAAGUCACCGAUCCGGAAGAAAGCGAGGUGUUUAUUGUCAGCGUCAUCCUCAUGCAUCAAGGCUAGUAGGUGAAAAGUCACCGAAGUUUAAGUCUUGGGGGGAUUUUGGGACGCCAGUUGAAGGCCACCUUUGAUCUCCUCUCGUUGUCACCAUCGCUCAAAGGUGAAAGUUGGGGAGAAUGUCAAACCUGAUGGUCAUGACUUCAACCUCGCCAAGGAAGAUAGGUAUCUGUGGUUUGCAGGAUUACACAAAAAGAAAUGGUGAGCACCAUUCGAUUAUGGUGAUAGAGGUGGUGAGAAUGUAGAAAAAUAGGUGCAUUUACAGAAUUUAUCUCCCGUCGUGACCAUUUUGAGUUGUCUCUCCCGACAUCCAAAUUGUAGAGUUCAGGACCAGUACCAGUACUGUAAACACUCGUGCAGCCAGGCCACCUUUAGCGGGAGAUUCUCUCUGAAUGUUCUGAGCUCCUGUGUUAAUGCAGCCUGCUGACGUCAUGUGCUUCUGUAGACGGCAGACUAAUUAGUGUCGCUUUGUGAUUGUUGAAUGAUCAUGGAAUUCUUAGCGAUUUGUUUACUGUGCUGUUUUUUUCAAACUUGCAGCUCGCUGUAAAAAAAAAAAUCUGUAGAUUUUACGAUAAAAAGUGUGGCGGCUCGGUCGGCAAAAUGUUACCGUUUUACACCAAAUUACUGUAAAUUGAAAAACGAUACAAAUGUUAGUUUUAAAUUUAAAACAUUCUGGUGACUGAGCUGCGAGAUUUUUUUUUUUACCAUAAACGCUACAGUGUACGAUCAAUGGAAAAACUAUACCGCUGUUAUUUUAGCAGUAAAAUUCUGGCGAUUGAGCUCAGUUUACUGUUAAAGCUUGGAUAUUUUUUUGGUAUUGCAUGAUUCCCUAAAUUAACAUAAAAAAACUGGACCACUGUUAUUUUUGCUGUUCAUUUUUACUGAGCUGCUAGUUUUUGACCGUAAAAUAUACGUCCGUUUUUACAGCGAAUUACUGUAAAUGUUAUUUUUAUGGUGUAAUUCUUAUUUUUUUCGUAAAAUCUAUGGUUGUUUUCUGUUUUUACAGUGUAAAAUCUAUAGUUGUUUUUUUUGUUUUGUUACAGUGCAUAAUUCCCUAAAAAAAUAGAGAUACCACUUUAUUUUAAAAGUAAAAUUAUUGCGCCUGAGUUGCCAGUUUUUUGUUUUUUUUACUGUAAAAGUUCCGCCUGUAUUUACAGUCACCGUAAAAUCUAGGCUCCAUUUUAUUUUAUAUUGCAUGAUUCCUGAAAUUAAAAUAAAAUAAAAACUAUCACUUGUUAUUUUACGGUAAAAUUCCGCCGUCUGAGCUACUACACUUUUACCGUAAAAUCUACAGCCAUAUUUCCAGUGCAUUACUGUGAAUGGAAAAACAUUACUACUGUUAUUUUUACCGUAAAAUUAUGGCAACUGAGCUGGCAGUUUUUUAAAGUAAAAUCUGUUUUUUUUUGCAGUGCAUAAUUCAUUAAAAAAACAACAAUACCCCUUUAUUUUUAUACUGGCGUCUGAGCUGCCAGUUUUUUACCAUAAAAUCUACAGUCGUUAUUUUUGCAGUGCAUUACUGUAAAUGGAAAAACUACCACUUUUAACGGUAAAACUCCGGCAUUAAAAGCUGCCAUUUUUUUACGUAAAAUCUACAGCUGUUAUUACAGUACAAUUAAUUUUACGGUUAGUCUGGUGGCUGAGCUAGCAUUUUUUCUGUAGACUCUAUGGUUGUUGUUUUUUAACAGUGCAUAAUUAUAAAAAAAUAAAAUAAAAUUAUACCAUUUUUAUUAUAACAGAAAAAUCUUGGCGACAGCUUGCUAUUUUGUUGUCGUGAAAUCUACGGUCAUUUUUACAGCGCAUUACUGUAAAUAGAAAAACAGUACUGCUGUCAUUUUUACGGGAAAAAUAUCGCAACUGAGCUGGCCAUUUCUUGCCGUAAAAUCUAUGGUUUUUGGGUUUUUCUUACAAUGCAUACUUAAUUUAAAAAAAACUUAAACAAUAGCCUUUUAUUUUAGUAAUUAAAUUCUGUCAUCUGAGCUGCCUGUUAUAUUUUUUUUACUGUAAAAUCUAAAGUAGAGUCUGGUUUUAUCAUUUUUUAACAUUGGAGCGUUCUGGGUUAACCAUGCGCUAAAAUGCCCCUUUAUCAUUUUGUAACAUCCUUUCCUCAAAUACAAAUAAAAAAAUUCUACCGCUGUUAUUUUUACGGUAAAAUCUGUCAAACUAAGCUGGGGGUUUUUUACCGUAAAAUUUAUGGUCGAUUUUACAGUGCAUUACUAUAAAUAGAGAAACGGCACAACUUUAACUGUAAAAUUCUGGCAACAGAGCUGCCAUUUUUUUCCCCCGUAAAAUGUACGGUCAUUUUUACAGCUAAUUAUUGUAAAUGACAACAUAUAACUGGUAUUUUUACAGUAAAAUUAUGGCAACUGAACUGGCAAUUUCUUUCUGAAAAAUCGGUGUUUUUUUUACAGUGCAUAAAUCCUUAAACAAAACAAUACCCCUUUAUUUUAACCGUACAAUUCUGGCAUCUGACCUGACCGUUAUUUAACGUAAAAUCUACAAUCAUUGUUUUUACAGUUUAUUACUGUAAAUGGAAAAACUACCUUUUUUUUAUUUUAACGGUAUGAGCUUGCAGUUUUUGCCAUAAAAUCUAUUGCUGUUUUUUUUUCUACAGUGCAUUCUUUUGAAAAAAAAAAUUAAUAAUAAUACCACUUUCAUUCUAACAGUAAAAUUCUGCCGACUGAGCUGGCAAGUUUUUUAGCGUAAAAUCUACGGACGUUGUUUUUACAGUGUUAUUGCAAAUGUUAAAACAUUACUUAUGUUAUUUUCACAGCAAAUUUCUGAUGACUGAGGUGGCAGUUUUUUUCUGUAAAAUCUGUGUUUUUUUUACACUGCGUAAUUCCUUUAUGUGUUUGAUAGAAUGCUGUUAAGGGAGUAAAAACGUACAUGUAAUAUGUACAUUGUAACUUUGCUAAAAAAAAUACCUCCGAUUCUGAUUUGUUGUAUCUGUAUAUGUCAAACUUGUGCAAAGCUUCGUGUUGUGUUAACACAAUUCCGACUGUUAGGCGGUUAAGACUGUACAAUGAACAUAUACUCCCGUUGUUCAAGGCUGUUACUGUUACAGGCGACGUUGAGCUGUUUCCUCACAAUGAUAAUGAAUGUAAAAGCUUUGCAACUCGUCUGGAGUGCUGACGGCCAUUUUUAUAGCGCGAUGGCGGAAAGAAACCCACGGGAGAAUGUAAAGUAGCAAGGCAAUACGAGCUCUGACGAGACAUUUAUCAGAUGUUUUUCAGUGUUUAAUGUGCAAUUAUAGUCACGGUUGAAAUUGAGCUUUAUUUAUUAUAUCUUAACUGUGGCUCUCAGUUUCAGACUAGACUGUUUUGGGGAGGUUUUUUUGUACCAUGUAACCAUUAAGAGUGCCUCCCCAGGAUUUAGGGAGGAUACUCGGUCCUGGUCUCUCCAUUUUAUGGACUUAGCACACAUGUACAAAAUUUAAAUUGUGCAUUCUUGUGCUAUUGCAGUUACUAUGAGAGAAACCCUCUUCAUUUUAACCUCUGAAAAGUGAUGUUUUUGACUCCUGUUUGGAUCAUUGGCAGGAUAUUUAUGAAAACAGACUAAUUAUGAGUGACUGGUAUAUUUGUGGUUGCAAAAAAAAAAGGCCUGUUUUGAUGGCUGUUUUGACACCCUGCGACUUGAAGGUGUGUCCCAGAAGGUUUAGGUCCAGAAGUAUAUGGAUUGUGACAACAGCGUAUUGAUGAUUUUACCGUUUCUACACCACACAUUGUAUAAAUUCUACAAUGGCAUGAUUUUAGUGUAGACGUUGAGCCUUAAUAUGUCCAAAAAAAAGCAUUAUCUACGAGGGAUGUAAAAAAAAUUUUUUUGACUGAACCGUGAUUCUUGUUUGUAACGAUUCUCAAUCGAGUCCAUUUUUUAUUUAAUUUUU